GCCCGUGCGGUUCCAGCGGGGAGAGAUGCCAAAUUAGGGCGCCGCCCGCCCUCCGGCCCGAGCGCGGCCGCGGGCUUCCCGGACGGCAGGGGAAACCGGGCCGGGGGUUCCCCUCCGGGCACGCGGCGCGAGCGGAGCAGGGCUCCCGUCACCCCCUCGCUAGGCCCGGCCGGUGCGCCCCCGUAGUUCCCGGGCGCGACUGGCCCGCCGAAUCCUUCCGUCCACACGGUCUCGGCGCGCGGGUUCGGCUCCGGGGCCUCGGGGCGGGUCCCCGCCGCGGCACCUGCCCCAGGGGGCGGAGCGCGGCAGCCACUCCGCGGCCCCGGCCACGGGCGCGCGGCUCCCGGCACCCCCGCCCCUGCAGCCGGCGCACCUCCACACUCGCGGCGCCGCCUCCCUCCCUGCCGGCGCUGUCCGUCCGUCCGUCCCUCCGCCGGCUCACAGCCUCCGAGCCCCGCACUUUUGGCUAGAAUCCCCGCCGCUCUCCUCGCCGCCGCUGGGAUCCGCAGCCCCGCGCCAUGGAGACGGCAGCGGGCAGCGAGCGCCGCAGCCCUCCGGGCCCCGUCGCCCCGCCACGGACCCGGGGCCACGCGCCCUUGGCCGCUGCCCCCGGCCCGCUGAGCCCCCCAGCGCGCGAGCCGCCGCAGCCCGAGGAGGGGCAGCAGCUGCGGAUCAGCCAGAGCGGCCAGUUCAACGACGGGCUGGAGGACCGAGGCUUGCUAGAAAGCAGCACUCGGCUGAAACCUCACGAAGCCCAGAACUACAGGAAGAAGGCCUUGUGGGUCUCCUGGUUCUCCAUCGUCGUGACGUUGGCCCUGGCCGUGGCUGCCUUCACUGUCUCCGUUAUGAGGUACAGCGCCUCUGCUUUUGGGUUUGCAUUUGAUGCUGUCCUCGAUGUCCUGUCAUCGGCAAUCGUUCUGUGGCGCUACAGCAACGCGGCCGCCGUGCACUCUGCCCACAGGGAGUACCUAGCCUGUGUCAUCCUGGGGGUGAUAUUCCUUCUGUCAUCCUUAUGUAUAGUGAUCAAAGCCAUCCAUGACCUCUCCAUUAAGCUGCUCCCAGAAGUGGAUGACUUCCUGUUCAGCGUCUCCAUUUUGAGUGGGAUCCUCUGCAGCACGCUGGCCGUGCUGAAGUUCAUGCUGGGGAAGGUGCUGACCAGCAGAGCGCUCAUAACCGACGGGUUUAACUCCCUCGUGGGAGGCGUGAUGGGCUUCUCUAUUCUUCUGAGCGCGGAGGUAUUCAAGCAUAACUCAGCGGUCUGGUACCUGGAUGGCAGCACAGGUGUGCUCAUCGGCCUUAUCAUAUUUGCCUAUGGGGUCAAACUCCUCAUCGACAUGGUGCCCAGGGUGAGGCAGACGCGCCACUACGAGAUGUUUGAGUGAAGGGCCCGAGUGCCAGUCUGCAUCUGCAUGAAGACAUCAGGACGAGAGGGUCCCACACGGCGGACGGUGCCAGUAUUUAGCUGAACAUCCACUUCCUUAUUUGGAGAGUUUGUGUUCACGGGAACAGGCGUGCCCAGCAGGUUGGUCUGCACUGCUCCCCUCGCCCACCUCCCCCGUCACCCCAUCAGGACGCCGUGCACAGGAGGGGACACUGGUUUUCCCAUGCCCAUUGGGAGCUGGCUGUUUCUGUUUUCUGGAGUAAAAAGGUUCCUGUGGGUUGGGUAAGGUCUCUGUUGGCAGGAAGUUCUGAAACAGAGCCACUGACCACACCCGCCUCCUCUGGGCAUGGAGCAGCUCGGGCCCUUGGAGCUCAUCUCUCCGGCAGAACUGAAGGGAAGACCGUGUGUACCCUUCUGUCCCUCACUCUUCACAUGCCCAGAACCGUCAGUGUCACACUUCCUAAUUCCUAUCACUGUAUUUCAUUAGUUUCAUACUGUUUUACUAAUCCUGAAUCUAAACAGAUUGGUUCAAAAGGAGAUCGUUCUAUUUUUAAAGUAUUUAGUGAUGUACGUGUGAGCUUUGCAUGGACGAACUAAGCACAUGACCCUUUCUUGUACAUCAGAACCUGCACACACAUGUAAAAACAGGACCCGUUUUUGACAGAUGUGAAACCACCGUUUAUUUGUAAUAAAUAAUUACACAAUCUACCCACAUGUGCAGGUAUCU